AACAUACGAUUCAGGCAGGAUAUAUACGAAUAUGUAUCAGUUCGAAAAAAAAAGCUAUUGGUGAGAGACGUGUGACUUUCUUCUUGAGCUGCAUUUUGGUAUGCUGUACGAGAGGUAAUCGCUGAUGGCCGAAGGGUUAAAAAGAGAAAAAGAAAGAAAAUCGAGAGAGAGAGAGAGAGAGAAAAAUGAACAGCGGAAGUGUCAAAAUAUUUGAAAAGCUGAACCGUUAAAACAUUUGAAAAGCGUAACCGUUAAAGCACUCGAAAAACGAAACCGUUUGAUGAAAAUGUUGUGGAGAUCGCUACUGGUGUUAUCUUCCGUGCUGGUCUCAGUCACGGCUGAAGCUUACUCCGUCCCUUCCGCAUGCCUGGUGAGGACUUCGAUCACCACCGUGCUUCGUCGCGGUUCGAUCCUCGACUUCGAAGCCUUCGUGAGCUCCCAGUCCGUGACCUUAAUUGUCACCCAGCUUGGCAAGACCAUUAAGACGUUGCUCACUAACGAGACUGCUCUGGUUAUGACUCCUGGCUACAGUAAGGCGUACCCCGUAUCGCUAUGUGGGUGGAAACGCUUUAGAAUUGAGGUUGAUGGGAGUCUAUUGCUGGCGGAAAGGGGAGGAGGUAUCUUGUUGGGCGAACAAGCGGAUCGUCAGCUUGGUCUCGACUCGGUUUCGGAGAUUCGUGUCGCUGUGUCGGGUUCGGCGCUCAUGGGCAACUGCAAGACAGGCAGCCCCACAUGGAUCAUUUACAGCCACGAGUUAACAACCGUAAAGAUAUUCAACGAAGAUUUUUCGAGUAAGAACUUUACCCUCAGUUCAAGAGAUUUCUUCCUCGUGUACCUCGAAUUGUGUUCGAAGGUCUUACUUGUGGCUGGUCUUCGCAGAUCUGGCUUUAGUUUGCAGUUUGAUCGGGUGAAGAUGACAGUCACGCCCGUACUCCUCCAGCCUCCCUUUCGUCCACUUCACCGCCCGAUAUUCUGUCCCGAGAGGUACGUUGACCUGCAGUUCUCAUCCAAGGCUGCCGAAUCUUCCAUCUUCCUCACUCUGAACCCACCGAAUUCCGAGGUCAAAGGUGAAUCUGUCAGCACAGGACCAAUAGGGAUGCCUUCUAAUAUUACUGGCGAGAGUGGGUUCUCUUCAGGCGGUGACCUAGUGACCUCGUCUGACAUCAAGCAUGUAGUUGACCAUGCUUCCGGAUCUGGCAACGGCACAGUGACCUCGUCUGACACCGGACAUGCAGGUGCCCUCGAUUCCGAAUCUGGCAACGGCACAGCGACUUCGUCUGACACCGAACUUGCGGGUAACCUCUCCUCCAGUCCUAGUGCCAGGCCCAUGACCUCCGAAAACACGACCUUUGACCCCAGACGACCUACCUUCCCCGUCGUGACGAUCCUUAACGGCGAACCAGUAACGACCCCGAGAGCUUUUCCCGAUGGAGGAGAAGACCAUAGAAAUGACCUCACGCUGUCUGAGCUGGUAACGUUGAUAGCCAUGGUGAUAACUCUGAUUGCUUGUAUGACUGCUGUGUUUUGCAUCAGAUAUUACCUUGGGUACUUCAGGAUAAGGUGUAGGCGGCGAGACACUGGCAAAACGACCUCCAAUCGCCAAGCCUCCCCAGCGCCAUCUACUACGGGUAGUUACGACUCGGACGGUUAUAUCACGCUGGACGACCUCCCGAAGCGACCUCUGCCACGACCUCCCUGUCCCUUUCCGAGAACGAGGCAGAUAAACGCCGCCGUUUCUUCCUCUUCCUCCUCUCGCACUUCGUUUUCUGUGGUCUCUUCCUCUUCGUCUUCUUCCUUCCCCCGCUCUUCCUCCGAAAGGGCGGCGAACCAGGCUGCCAGCUUCUCGGAAACUCCAACUCCCCGACACUCCCAUGCCCUCCGACUCGACCCCAGCCAGGACUCCGCCACCUCGAGGGGGAUUUUUUCGGCCAAAGACUCGACAGCCUACGAAACCGACUCCCUCUACGAAGAAAUCCACAUCUACGUCGACAUCGAAGGCGAGCGGUUGUACUCCAAUGUCCCGGCAGGUGGCGCGAGCGCGGAGGCGACGGGGUGACGAGUCGCGGACGGAACGGAUGAUUUUGUUUGGAGGAGGGCGAG